GGAGCCAGCAGUGCCCAGCAGUUAUUGAAGGGUAGGCAAGCGGAAGGUGUGAGUGAAAAGUGUUUACUCGUUCUCCGUGAAUUGAAGUUCUUCGUCACUUCGAACGAUCCUGAUUCAGUUGCAGCUGAAUUGAUAAAUCAGCCUGCCGCUGAAAUACGAUGAUGGCUUCUUUCGAGACACUAAGGCACGAUUACAACAACCACCUCGAAAAAUGCUUCAAGUUGUCAGACUUAUCCGGAUUCCAAAAAAAAUGUCUGGAAAUGAACACAAAUGUCUCGAAUAGAAAGUCGAUCGUUGAUCAAGCGCUGCGAGACACGCUACUUACUGUAUUGCUGGAUGAUUCUUCCGGAAAUGUACAACAUCUUGAAUCUUACAUAACAUUUUGUAUCGAGUUAUGUAGGAAAGAUUUAACAACAGCCAGCAUGCCGGUCAUAUUGCUCGGUGAUAUAUUUGACUGCAUGACGUUGGACCGAUGUGAGAAGUUAUUCACAUUUGUUGAGAACAACGUUGUUGUGUGGAAAGAAGAGAUAUUUUUCAGUGCCUGCAAAAAUAAUUUACUUAGAAUGUGCAACGAUCUGCUUAGAAGACUUUCUCGCUCUCAACAAACUGUAUUUUGUGGAAGGAUUCUUCUAUUUCUUGCCAAAUUUUUCCCAUUCUCUGAGAGGUCAGGGUUGAAUAUAGUUAGUGAAUUCAAUCUCGAAAAUCACACCGAAUUCGGCAAUGAGAAAUCAGAGAAAGAAGUGCUUGAGCAGAUCGUGGAAGAUGGCGACAAAACGGAGAACAAAAUUCCAAUCGAUUACAAUCUGUACCGAAAAUUCUGGGCACUGCAAGACUUUUUCAGAAAUCCUAAUCAGUGCUACAAUAAAAUGCAUUGGAAGGUUUUCUCUGCUCAUACGUCGCAUGUCUUGUCGGCGUUCACUUCUUUCAAAUUAGAAGAGCAGCGUAGCUGUCCCACAAAAUGUACAAAGAUGGACACUUCCUCGGAGGAAAACUACAAGGAAACUCACUACUUCGCAAAGUACCUGACUAAUCAAAAGCUGUUGGAGUUGCAGUUGUCAGAUUCAAACUUUCGGAGAUACGUAUUACUCCAGUUCCUGAUACUCUUUCAGUACCUCAACAGCGCCGUAAAAUUCAAAGCCGAAACACACGAGCUGAAACCUGAUCAAGUCGAAUGGGUCAAGACAACAACAGACCAAGUGUAUUUGUUAUUGUCUGAAACGCCUCCAAACGGAUCUGGCUUUGCGGAAACUGUAAAAAACAUUUUAAAACGAGAAGAACACUGGAAUGCGUGGAAGAAUCAUGGAUGUCCACCGUUUAAGAGGCCUGCUCUUGAGUCUAAUUCUGAGGGAGAAGAACCGAGGAAACAAAAAAGACGGAUCGGCGAUGUAAUCCGAGCUGCCGAAGAUGAAAAAAAGUAUCAUUUAGGAAAUCCUGAGUUGACAAAGUUAUGGAAUUUGUGCCCUAACAAUUUGGAGGCUUGUAAAUCAAUGGAUAGAGACUUCCUGCCUUCCUUGGAGACUUAUUUUGCAGAAGCUAUCGAGCAAUUAGAUCCAGCAGCGAUGGUCGAAGAUGAAUAUAAGAAAGUCAAUGAUGGCAACUUUGGUUGGAGAGCGCUGCGGCUACUUGCUAGGCGGAGUCCCCAUUUUUUUGUACACGGGAAUAACCCCAUUAACAAAUUACCUGAGUAUUUGGAAGCUAUGAUAAAAAAAAUCGCCAAAGAUCGACCGCAAACGCAGUCGGAUAUAAAAACAGAAUCCGAAGAAAUUCCGACAGACGGAAACGAAGCCGAAUUCAACGAGGACGUACUUAAACAAGAGACCGAACAAGUUGAGGUUGAGGCAUCAGCAACCAAGUUCAGUAAAUUCAAUAAAGUGACAGCCGAUAUUGUUGCGAAACUGUCAGAUAUAUUAAAAGGGAACUGGAAAGAUCUGGCAGCGAAAUUCGGAUAUCAUGCCGACGAAAAGAAACGAACACAGUACGAACAGUGUAAAAGCAUGCUAGAAAUCUGGGCCGAAGAAGACGAGGACGCAUCAAUCGAAAAUUUGGCUUACAUUCUCGAAGGACUGGGCUUUACAGAGGCAGUUGCCGUAUUGAAGAGCUAAAAAAUGUUUUUGAUCUGUUUCUAGAAAGUGUGAAUAAUCGAGGACUACUACAGCCGCUUUACGUGGCUGAGAGACUAAAGAAAAUUUGUUUGUUCUUGAAUUUUGAAAAACACUAAGAACAAUCCAGCGGAUUAGAGAUGUUGAGAAAAAUUUUUGGCGAAAUUGUUUUUUCAUAAAAUUCUCUUUGUAUUCUGUCCGAAAUGAAAAUAAUAGUGUAUAUGUAAAUAAUACAAACGUCACAAUUGAAGAAAUUUUAAUAUAAAUCAUAUACAAAAGAAACGAACAUAACUUGAAUACAGAUCUAGAGAGUAUUCACUAGGAAAUAAAUUGGGUACUAGAAUAAAAUUUGUCGUAGUAUAAUACGAAUCUUUUAUGCAUAAUACAAUAUCCUCGAACAAGUAUACAAAUCGUAUUUCUCACACAUACACACACACACGCGCAUGCAUAAAGUGAUACGUGCAACUAAUAAAUAACACACGCGUCAAUGCGAUUCUUCUUCAUCUUUUGCGUCUUCUUCUUGUCGUGCAUAUUGUAUACUCCUACGUUACAGAUAUUGGCUUGCAGUUGGUAAUUUUAUCAAGUAGACGAUUAACGAUUAUAGAAUUCUUCUACGGUAGUAACAAAAGUUAUUUUGACUAUUACAUGGAGACAGUGGUUUCUGGAUUCACGUUGAACCUCUAGAAUUAACGCCGCUUGACUAGUUUAAUAUUUUCUGUUUACUAUAUGUAUCUUGCUACAGUGAAUAGUGUUUCAUGUACGAAUACUCUGCGUUCUUGCUACUUGACCAAUCCAGUCACACCUAUCCGAUGCCU